AUGUUCGCCGCGAAUACUGCUUGGACGCAGAUGUUGUUCAGGGACAUGUUGGCCGCGCAUUGGGACGUGACCAUCGAGAAUGCGCGCAGCGUAGGUGGAAAGAAGAUGAGUUGCGGUUCAAACGAGCAGAUUUGUUUGAAUGGCCUCCAGAGCCACAAAGAGUUCAGGCAGAAGGUGUUGAUCCUCAGCGGAAGAACAUGGAACCGAGCUGGUUGUGUUCUGAGCAAUUGUUUCCGUGGAGGUGGCGCUGCAGAUCCAGAAAUGGGGCGCCUGCGCAUGCGCGAUCCAGAUCUCCAGAUCAUGCAUUUCAUGGGAGGUUCCAAGAGCAACGCCGAGCAGGCAAUGUGCGACGAUGGCGUCAAUGGGGCCGCACACAUCGCGCUCGACGGGGCGAAGGGCGGAGUCAACGAAGGCGCCCGCACGCGUGCAAAGGCGCCGGAGGGCGGCGGUAAGGCCCGGGGGGGCGUCAUGAAGGCGCUGGUGCUGGAUGGCGCGGGCCCGAGGGCUCGCCGCGCCGCCCAGCAGCGGGGGCGCCCGACGGGCCCGUACCUGGAGCGCACCCGGCUGACGGACUCGUUGGUGACUGGCGAGGUCCUCGAGUGGAAAGGCAAGUUCGGGUGGAUCAAGCCGCACAGGCCCGUGGAUCUGGCAGCCUGGCGGCGCCCUGUUCCGGAGCGAGCGAAGGCGAUCUUGCCCUCGGUCAUCCAGAAUCGCUCGCGGGGCGGCCGCGUUUCGAACAUGUUUCUGCCCCACGGGGGGCCCGCGGACCACCCGAAAGCGGCCAUCCACAGGGGGAAGUUGUACGUCCACAAGGUGGACCUCGAGUAUUGGGUAUCGGCGCUGACGCCGGGCAGCGUCUGCCGCUUCCACGUCUACAGUGAUGCCAACAGCCUGGGCGCCGAGGAUGUGACCGAACUCGCAGACGAUGGCGACGGCGCGGACGAGGGCACGUCGGGCCACGCGCCCUGGCGGAACACUGGCUGGAACGAGGGCAGUACGCGGGGCGAGGGCGUCUGGAAGAAGCCUGAGGAGGGCCGCGGCGGCCGCAGCCGCAGCCGGAGGAGAGGAGGAGGAGGAGGAGGAGGGGGAGGAAGAGGAGGAGGAGGAGGUGGAGCAUUUGGCGGGGUGUACGUUUCUCCUCCCUACUUGUCGCCCCGCUCCUAUGGGUUAGCGCCCAGCCUGCGCGCUGGCGCUCCGUCUGGCGCGUGGCUCGCUCGCCUCCCCAUCGCGCGGCGACACGCGGCCCUGCCGCGUCGGAAGCAAGAGAAGCAAGAGAUCAUG